AAUACUAAUACUCUUUUUAUUGAAAUAACAAUCGUACCUGUAGAUAGACUUCGACGUUUUAUUAUAAGAUCUUUUCAAACGUUUUGGUAAUAUGUUAUUGUUAGAAAAACACCCCCAAAAAUAAAUCUCCAAUAGUCUUGACUGGAUAUGAUUUGCAGGUAACCAUGCAAUUCCUGGGCCGGCUACUGGACACCGUCUCCUCCGUGUCAACCCUCUUCACAAACCCUUACCGGGUCAAAGACGUGCCGUUGACAGAUUAUGAAGGAAGAGCAAACGUUCUGCUGAAGCAGGAAGGUCGAAUGGUUCUGUACAAAAACCCACAGUGUCAGUCAUGGGACUGUGUGCUCAGGUCCCCUGAGACACCAAAUGUACUUCUAAGGCUAUUUCAGGUGGGGUCAGAGAAAGAUGCCAUGAACUGGUUUCCCCAGUACGCCCUCAAGCUUCGACCCUUCUACGAGACUCUCCCUCUGAAGGCUGAUGCAGUGCAGACAAUCGUGGAAUGCAUCCGCAACCACCCCGACUGGAGCUCUGCUCACAUAGCUGUGGAGACUGGCAUGAGAGAAUGUCUCAAACAUAACUAUGUCCAAAGCCAGAUCAAUGCUCGGGAUGCAUCAGGUCAGACACCUCUGCACCUGGCCUGUGAACGAGGCGACUUAGUGUGUGUGAAGGAGCUCUUGGAGGAGAGCCAGGCCCGCACUGACAUCAACGACAAAAAUGGAGAAACCCCCAUGCACUACGCCUCCAAGCAGGAUUCUCCUGUCAUCAUCCAGGCUCUGUGCUCACGGCUGUGCUCAGGGGUGGACGAGCUCAACAACAACGGGGAAACACCGCUCCAUGUGGCCUGCCGUCUGGGACGGGUGGAGUCCGUUAAAGCCCUAUUGGAGGGUGGGGCGAAGUGUGAUGUCAUUGGCAGUAUAGGAAAUCCUAUCCACACCGCUAUGAAAUACAGUGAGAAGGGCUGUGUGGAGGAGAUCCUCAGAGCAGACCCAUCCCAGGUCCAAGCUGAAGACUCAGUGUACGGAGGGACGCCCCUGCAUUGGGCUAAAACAUCCGAGAUGUGCCGCAUGCUGCUGGACCGCGGCUGUGAAAUUAACUACCUCAGUAAGACCGGAGAGAGCGCCCUCCACGUUCUGACCAAAAAGGGCCGCUUUGAGGCCGCUAUGGUGCUACUCACUCAUGGGGCCAACGCCAACCUCAAGGGGCAGGAUGGAAAUACAGCUCUGCACCUCGCUAUGAAGAUGGACCACAUAGAGUUGAUCAAGGGUCUGAUCGUGUUUGGGGCCGAUGUGGAGAUCCACAACGACCUGGGAGAAACACCUGGGCUGAUCGCUGCACGCACCAGCAAAGGUCCUAAUAGAAAGAUACUGCUGGACAUGCUGUGUAGUGUAGGAGUCCAGCGCUGCCUCCCUCCUUCCCCUGGCAGUCCUCCUCCUCCUCCUCCAAUGUCAAACAAGACCAAGCCUCGAGGCAUAGGGUUUGAUGAAAUCAUAUAUGUGGGGGCUGCAAUAGGAGCAAUAGGCAAAUCUGAAAUUGAUGGACCAAAAAUGGAGAAAAAGAAGAUAGACAGACUGCUGUGUCUAGAUGGUGGCGGUAUUAAAGGCCUGGUGCUGAUCCAGAUGCUAAUAGCUCUGGAGAAGGAGGCUGGACGACCGACCAGGGACCUCUUUGACUGGGUAGCUGGAACAAGCACAGGGGGCAUCCUUGCUUUAGCAAUAAUCCAUGGUAAGUCCAUGGAGUACCUGCGCUGCCUGUACUUCAGAAUGAAGGAGCAGGUGUUCAAAGGGUCAAGACCCUAUGAAUCUGCACCACUGGAGGACUUUCUAAAGAAAGAAUUUGGAGAAAACACCAAGAUGACUGACAUCAGAUUCCCAAGGGUCAUGGUGACCAGUGUUCUAGCUGACAGACAUCCGGGUGAGCUCCAUAUCUUCAGAAACUACAACACACCAUCUCUCAGCAGAGAGCCCUCGUACACCACCACUGCCACCUUCAAGGCUCUCACCAUCCCACAAGGAUUGGAGGAUGAGGAAGUGUUGAUAGUAGGAUACUCAGAGGAGCCGCCCAGAAAGCGUAGGAAAGUGACAGAUGAAGAACAACUCGUAUGGAGAGCUGCCCGUUCCAGUGGUGCUGCCCCUACCUAUUUCCGACCAAUGGGCCGCUUCCUGGACGGAGGGCUGUUGGCUAACAACCCGACACUAGAUGCCAUGACAGAAAUCCAUCAGUUCAACAAGUCUUUAAAAGCUGAGGGCCAUGAAGUGGACAUCAAGAAGCUGGGUGUGGUUGUUUCUCUUGGAACAGGUAAACCCCCACAGGAAGUGGUGACAUCUGUGGAUGUUUUCCGGCCCUCCAACCCUCUGGAGCUGGCCAAGACAUUUGUAGGCGCCAAGGAGCUGGGCAAAAUGUUGGUGGACUGUUGUACGGACUCUGAUGGUUGUGCUGUGGACAGGGCAAGGGCAUGGUGUGAGAUGAUCGAUACCAUUUACCACAGGCUGAGCCCCCAGCUCUCUCAGGAGGUGAUGCUGGAUGAAGUGAGCGACGAGGUUCUGGUGAACAUGCUGUGGGAAACUCAGAUGUACCUCUUUGAGAAGAGGGAAGUCCUCCAAUCCCUGGCAAAAAUGUUGCUGUAAGGCCGACACGAGAAGGAGAUCAUAUAGAUGGGUCACAAACAAGAUCUAAAAGUAUUUAACAGUCCAUAAGAACAGACACUGUUCUAAGAGAUGUUAGGAAUAGUGAGCUGUGGUGUUUCCAGGAGGGUCUGUGUUGAAAUAAAAACAAAGCCCAGCAACUCUCACAUUUCUUUUAUUCAGAAAGUUUAAACUUGAUAGAAAACCGGCACAGAAAAUAGCUUAAUACUACAUGAGGAAAGAGAUGUAGCAUCAUUUGACCUCUUUCUAUGUUUUCUUUACCAGCUUCAUAGUUUUUUUUUUGAUAAACUAAUGAAGUGUUCCUAGUUUUCUUUGCGUGGGAAUAUAGAGGAGAGGUUGGAGGAAGUGGUGAAAACAAGUCUGCUGCUGUUCCCCUCUCUUCACUUUCUUAAAGACAACAAGUAAAAACUUGGAUUUAAACUGUUACAGCCUCUUCAUUUACCCCUCAGAUGUUCACAUAAACAUCUGCAAAACUACUCAUGUUUUAGACAUUUUGGCUCUAUACUAAUGUGAUCAAAAGUAACCCUGUAAAACCACUGAUGGUCAUUUAGAUUUCCCUGCAGAGAAGCUGUGAUGACAUAACAGUUCUGCCUUAUAUAACUGCACUGUUUUCUUUCCACACAUUGCCCGUUUUCAUGCAUUUAUACGUUUUUGUUUUACCUCAGUCUGUGCCGAAGACCCACUCACUCUACACUCUGUGAAUGAACUGCCUAUUUCCAAAUGUUUCCUGUCUUAAUCUGACAUGUGAAAACCUUUUGCAGAAGUAAGCUUACUUAAACGUAACAGAACAUGCUGCUACUUGCAAACAUAUAACAAAUAAUUGUUUUAUAUUUUUGUCUAUCAAUUAUGAAAGUGAUUACUUAUAUGGUAAUAAAUUAUAUUACUACUGACCUA